GGCCGAACUGCCGCGGAACAUGGCGGACUCGAAGCUGCUGGUGCCCGAGCUAAGCGAGGCAGAGACGAUAGGCCCUGAGACGGCGCGCUUCGAGGAGCUGCUGCUGCAGGCCUCCAAGGAGCUCCAGCAAGCCCAGACAACCAGACCAGAAUCUACACAGAUCCAACCUCAGCCUGGUUUCUGCAUAAAGACCAACUCAGCGGAAGGGAAGGUUUUCAUCAACAUCUGCCACUCGCCCUCCAUCCCUCCUCCCGCUGAUGUGACUGAGGAUGAGCUGCUGCAAAUGCUGGAGGAGGACCAAGCUGGGUUCCGCAUCCCCAUGAGUCUGGGGGAGCCUCAUGCCGAACUGGAUGCAAAAGGCCAGGGCUGCACCGCCUACGAUGUGGCUGUCAACAGCGACUUCUACCGGAGGAUGCAGAACAGUGACUUCUUGCGGGAGCUUGUGGUCACCAUUGCCAGGGAGGGCCUUGAGGACAAAUACAGCCUUCAGCUGAAUCCCGAAUGGCGCAUAUUGAAGAAUCGGCCUUUCCUGGGCUCCAUUUCCCAGCAGAACAUCCGCUCCCAGCAACGUCCGCGGAUCCAGGAGCUAGGGAAUCUGCCCACGCCGGGCUACCGGGCAGCUGAGACAGGCCCAGAGAAGCCUCACCUGAACCUUUGGCUGGAAGCCCCUGACCUCCUCUUGGCUGAAAUUGACCUCCCCAAGCUGGAUGGAGCCAUGGGGCUGUCACUGGAGCUUGGGGAGAACCGCCUGGUGAUGGGGGGCCCCCAGCAGCUGUACCACCUGGAUGCCUGUAUCUCCCUGCGGAUCAACGCUGAUGAGAGCAAGGCUGCCUUCCACCGGAAGAGGAAGCAGUUGAUGGUGGCAAUGCCCCUCCUGUCAGUGCCUUCUGAAUCUUGGUGACUCUGUGCUUGCAAGAGUGGAGGAGGAGAGGCUGGUGGUUUCUCUAAAAUGAACUGAAAUAAAAGAUAUUUGUCUUUGUUCU